AUGUUAUCUGACGAAAAAUUUGAAUUGCCUUGCUUGAUUGCGGCGAAUGUGACCGAAGCAGACUUAAAAAAGUUCCGUACUAAUGGCCUAAAAGCUAAUGAAGCCAAUGCAAACAUAAAAUGUAUGGCGAAAUGCAUGAUGGAGAAGCGGGAAAUGAUUAAGAAAGGUGUUUUCGAUCCCGAGAAAGCCUAUGCGGAAAUCAUACGAAUCCCAGAGCUGAAGGGGCAAGGGGACCUAAUCAAAGAAGCAAUAAAUGUUUGCAAAACUGAGAAGGGCGCCAAUGAAUGUGAUACAGCUUUCAAGAUUACCAUGUGCCUUCGGGAAUUUAAAUCGCGUAAUGAUUAA